AUGCUAUCCAUGCUGUCCGUAUCCUUCUUGAGAAACAUCGAGAAGAACCGCAGUGUGCAUCUUGCUUUUCUCGAUCUCGAGAAAGCUUUCGACCGUGUCCCACAUGAGCUGUUAUGGAUGUCCAUGAGGUCGCAUAGAGUACCAGAAGAAUAUGUGCGGUGGACAAAGCUGCUUUAUGCGAAGCCUACCAGCGUUGUACGAUGUGCUGCUGGAACAAGCAGGCCAUUUCCUGGACAAGCAGGGGGUCAUCAAGGUUCAUCCCUCUCACCCCUGCUGUUCAUACUGUGCAUGGACACGAUAACGAAGGAAAUCCAGAAGCAGCAUCCGUGGACUCUACUCUUUGCGGACGAUUUGCUCGCGUCGGAGUCUCGAGACGAUCUUCAGAAACAAGUACAGUCUUGGAAGGAUCGGCUGCAGCAAUAUGGAUUGCGCCUCAACACAUCAAAAACUGAGUACAGUGCGGAGUGCGGACCAAGGAUAGAGGAUGGUUCAAUUCGUGUCGAUGGAAAAGAAUUAAACAAGGUGAACUGUUUCAAGUACCUUGGAUCCAAAUUGACUUCCACAGGCGACAUUGAUCAAGAAGGUCGAGCAUGUGUUAAUGCGGCAUAG